AUGACGUUCAGCCAGUCUAGCAGUGUCACGCCUGCCCCACUUGACUCCGCUUGGCCCCCGGCCCACAUUUGGGAAACCAUGGGCGCGGCGGACCGCGCCAGUUGGCUAGGACAGAUACAGAGAGACAGGGCCAGGCGCCUCGAAAUGGAUGUAGCGGAGACAGACCUCCGCCACAGAAGGCCUCGUGUGGACCUGCAAGGUGACGAGAAUUUCGAGGAAAACCGUGAGCCACCCCCUGAAGUCAAACCACUCAUCGACAUAUUUCCGGGUGUCUCCGCCGCCCUUCUUACUCGCGUUUUCGAGAGGAAGUUGAAGGCGACUGAACUCAUACGCUUCAAAGAGAAGUCAGUCACCGAGCAAGAUCAUGAGGACAGGGUCUUCAAGAUGACCGAGUCCGGAGGCACAGUAGGCUUCAGGAAAGCAGCGGCAUCGCUUAAGGAUUGGGGCCCCAACCCUCAAACAUGGACGAGCUGCUUCCUUACAUACCUAGCCGUCAUAGGACAUCUCUUCGGCGAGAAACAUCCAAAGGCAGUUCCCAACCUACUUAUGUUCAUGAGGCAGAUCCUCGAUCUCGCUCAAACAUAUCAGUGGUCAGAGGCAGUACUGCCGCUCGCCCUUAACUUCCACCAAUACAUUCUGGAUAAAGGAGAGCUAUCGACGGAGAACAACCUCGUCACAGCCCCAUUUCGCGAAAAGUAUCUCCGUCACAAUCUUACUUUGCCUGCGAACUCACCGGCAAACCCUUCAGCCAGACCUCGCCAAACAAGGUCUACUAGGUCUUCAAAUAAUGAAACCGAGGUGUGCGAUAAGUUCAACACCACAGGAUGUCUCUGGGAAGGCUGCAAGAGACGUCAUGAGCCGAAUACUGCUAUCCAAUACCCCGUUUUCAACCCGGAGCUCCCAAAGCUACAGUUCUCUCCGUCACCACUAUAUGCAAAAGGCUGGAGUAACCUCCUACGCUACUAUCCAGGCGAUCUCAGGUCUACUAUCACUGGCAUCCUGACCUACGGCGUCCAGAUCGGAUAUAGGGGCAAGAAGCAGUUCUAUCACUCCUCCAACCAUCACAUACACGAACCCGAAAUGAUCUCGGCCAAACUCGCAGAGGACCUCAACCUCGGUCGCAUUAGAUUGGCCUGUAGGCCCUCCUUCGUUUCGCCGCUGGGGUUAGUCCCUAAGCACGAUGGAGGAUGGCGCCGCAUCCAUGACCUAUCCUGGCCCCCUGGACAAGGCCUUAACCAGGGCAUACCGGACUCCUGGUCAGCUAUUGAAUACAUAACAAUCGAUGAUAUCUACGAGCAGGUCACACAAGCUGGCCCAGGUUGCAUAAUCAUCAAGAGGGAUAUCAAGGACGCCUUCCGAAUAGUCCCUGUUGCUGAGGAUAACCAGCAUCUCCUUGCCUUCCAGUGGAACGAUUCUACUUAUGUCGAAUGCUGCCUCCCCUUUGGCCUCGCUACGGCCCCAUUUCUCUUCAAUCUCUUCGCCGAGGCUCUCCAUUGGAUACUCCAAUGCCUCCUUCCUAUAUUCUAUAUCAAUCAUUACCUAGACGACUUCAUCGCAAUCAUUCGGUCCUCCUCACUGUCCGACCCUAUGGGUCCCUUUAAUGAGGUUUACAACGGAGUCACCGACUACCUGCGUAUCCCCCGCAAUACCAAAAAGGACCAGCAAGGGACAUGUGUGACAGUCUUAGGUAUCCAGAUCGACUCUAUUGCAAUGGAAGCUCGCCUGCCACCAGACAAGUUGUGCCGCGCCACAUUGGACGCCGCAGCUGCCCUGAGCGCAGCGAGUCUCUCCCUCAAGCAAACAGAGCGUCUCACAGGCUCAUUAGCCUUCUGUUCAAGAGUUGUCCGACUUGGGAGGACAAGGCUACAGUCUCUAUACACCUUCCAAGCCGCCUUCCCACAUGGGAGGAGCGCGCGCCGCCGUAUCUCCCACGAGGUACGUGAUGAUUUGGAAUGGUGGAGGGACUCCUUGUCUCUUUUCAACGGCGUACUCUUAAUUGACCCCUGCCGCCGCUCUAUCACACAUCUCUACACAGAUGCCUCCAACAAAGGCCAGGGACUCUUCUUCUUCUCAUCCAAGUCUAUAUCAGACUGCUGGCUGGCCCAUUGUCACCAGCUUCAUCCAAGCAAUGCUGCCUCACUGGCCCUUGCUCAAAACGCAUACGCGCACCAAGACGCACACGCGCACCAAGACGCACACGCGCACCAAGUCGCACACGCGCACAUCAAUACCACCGAAGUAGACGCCAUUCUACAAGGCUUCCUACUCUUCAGCCACCAUUGGCUUCAUCAUACUCUCGUUAUCCACACGGAUAGCUCCACAGCCUACACAGGACUGAGUAAAGGCUUCCUGCAUGGACCUCUCGGUAUUGAACCGCCCGCGUGGUUCUCUUCGCGAGCUCCUCAGCUCAAUGCAGGCCACCUAAAACUGCUCUGGAGCGGCCUCAGCGCUAACACACGUUCCGUCUACCACUCUGUUCAACGCAAUUACGAAAAGCACUGUGCGCUACAAAAUCUCUCGGCUUGGCCAGCCUCAACACAGUCGUUAACCUCCUGGCUAACUUCACGACUCCUUGGGAAUUCAACCCAAAAGGCCGUCAAGCCCGAUACCGCACUCGCCGACCUAGCCGCCCUCCGGGCUUACCAUAUUGACAACUUCCUUGAGGAUAAACUCUUCGAUAACAAGCACUUUCGACGCCUUAUAGACGGCGCAAGAAGACUCAACCCAAUCACCAAAGUUCGCGUCAGAAAACCAAUUUCGCGUGACACCAUUACGAAACUCUCCGCAGGCCUAGCCACACUCCCGUCACAGUCCUUGGAGAUGACCGCAAACCUUCUAGACGACUUAAACUUCGCAACCGCUUGCCGGGUAGCAUUUGCUGGGUUCCUUCGCCUCGGAGAAUUUACCUACAAAACAGAAGAUCUCAGCACACGUCCUACCUUCUUAGCCACAAAGCUAACGCGCUCCGACGUCAGAUUCUCGUCCUCGUUAGACCACGUACAACUCACACUCAAGCGGAGCAAAACGGACCGACGCCAUGAAGGAGCACAGAUCAUCCUUGCGAAAACAGGAGACGGAGCUUGUCCAGUUGAUGCGCUUCAGAGGCUACUACUUCUCGACCCCAAAGCGCCCGACGCCCCGUUAUUCUCCUUUCACAGAAGACCAUUCAAUCGCAACAACUUCCUCUCUACCCUAUCUACUAAGCUGAAAGUACUUGGGAUACACGCGAACGGCUACUCAGGCCACAGCUUUCGGAAAGGUGCGGCUCAACAUGCGCAUGAUAGUGGGAUCCUCGACGAUCAGAUCCAAGUACUCGGGAGAUGGACCUCGGAUGCAUUCAGGGUGUAUUUUACGACGAACACGUCUGUCUUGUACAAGCUCAAUCACCAGUUCCAGACAGGCUCGCCGGCUCCACUGUCUCUACUGCUUCCUCCACCGUCCCCUCCACCAUCCUAG